CAGAUAAGUCGUUUUGAAAAUUUUGUCUUGAAUCCGUAUCGAAAACAUGACAUGAGCGUGAGUUCGACCGUUUUGGUGCCAUCAAAAAGAUCGAAUAUAACAAAGGGGACACCCAGGCCUACAUUCUGUACGAUUCUAUUGAUGCUGCUACGGCUGCUGUGAAGGAAAUGCGUGGAUUCCUGUUAGGGGCACCGGAUCGUCGUAUUCGUAUCGAUUUUGCUGAUAACGGAACAACACCAUCGUUCUCGAAGAGCAGUGGAGGUUUUGAGGAAGGCGGAAUGGCAUGUUAUCGAAUGCAAGAAUUACCAGAAGUGGCACGGAAAUCUACCACAGUCUGGCAACGGGCGCUGAUUUUGAAGAGUUCACUAUUCCCCGCCAAGUUGCACCUAACGGACGGAGACAACGAAAUAGUGGACAGCCUGAUGAAGGACGAGGAAGGUAAACACCACCUUCGUAUUACUCAGCGACUACGCCUCGAUCAACCCAAGUUGGAAGAUGUGCAGAAGCGCAUAUCGACGUCAUCGGUAGCAUCGUCGGAUGAUGCCAGCGUUCAGACGCGUCCACUGCGUAAUCUCGUGUCCUACCUGGAGCAGAAAGAAGCGGCCGGCGUUAUAUCGCUUACUCAAUAAAGAAACGGAAGCAACCGGUGUGCUCUACUCAUUCCCGCCAUGCGAUUUUUCGACAGAAUUGUUGAAACGAACAUGUCACAACCUCACCGAGGAGGGACUGAAGGAAGACCAUCUGGCAACCAACAAACAAUGAAGCAACCAGCCAACUAUCAAGGAACCAACUAAUCAACAGUUCUACCAACUAACAAAUCAAGCAACAACCAACAAAUCAAUCAACUAAUCAACCAAUCAAUAAACCAAAAAAACAACUCUAAUCA